AUGGAUCCGGUGCGGGCUGCUCCACAAUCAGCUCCAGUAGCCCCACCACCUCCACCUCCUCCACCACCACCGCCUCCUCCUCCUCCCCCUGCUCCCCCAAGUGCCUCCAGUUUAAACCUGCAGGACAGCGUUCGCCGACGGUUUCGGAAACUAAACUGGGAGCGGAUUCCCAAAGAACGGGUCGAAGGGCGCAAGAGUGUUUGGACCGGAGCAGGCCUGGAUGAAGAUGAGUUUCCCAUCGAUCUCAAUUCUUUGGAUGAGUUGUUUGGACAGAAAGACAGUAAGCCUGAGGAUAGAACCAGACAACUCCGAUGCAGGUCGACUCUGCAGCGCUGCUUAUCUCCCAAAAAUGACUUGGAGGAGAUUUGUCUUUUGGACUCGAAGCGCAGUAUGAACAUAGGAAUAUUUUUGCGUCAAUUCAAAAUGCCGCCAAAGGAGAUUGUGAAAGAUAUCAGAAAGGGCGCUGGGGACCGCUAUGGAGCCGAAAAACUUGCUGAGCUCUGCAAGUUGUUACCUGAUUGUGAAGAGGUCUCACGGCUUAAGAAUUUCCGUGGCGAGCGCAGCUGUCUGGGGGAGCCUGACCUCUUUAUGUUGCUCUUGGUUGAAGUCCCCAGUUUUCGGCUACGUCUGGACGCCAUGAUCCUGCAACAAGAGUUUGACCCGGCUGUGACCUCUUUGUGUGUGGCAGCCAGAUGUCUGCGGGAAGCGGCAAGAGAACUGCUGAGUUGUCCUGAGCUGCACUCCAUCCUGCGUCUGGUGCUGAAGGCAGGGAACUAUAUGAAUGCUGGUGGCUAUGCAGGCAAUGCUGCUGGUUUCCGCAUUCCCUCGUUGCUCAAGCUUGCAGACACUAAAGCCAACAAACCAGGCAUGAAUCUUCUGCAUUUUGUAGCAAUGGAAGCUGUGAAAAAGGACCAGAGUUUACUGUCUUUUCCCAGCCAACUAGGCCAUGUGGGCCCCGCCUCCAGGCUCUGCAUGGAGUCAGUCCUAGAAGACCUUUCCAAGCUGAAAAGCAGAGUUGUGACCCUGCGGGCAGAUAUUCAGUUUGAGCCAGAAAUUCAGCAGCAUGCACAGUUCCUGGAGAUGGCUGAGGAGCGACUGCGGGAGGUGGAGGAUGAAGUUGAGGGUAUGCGGAUGUCCAGUCAAGCUCUGGUAGACUUCUUCUGUGAAGAUGACAGCACAUUUAAACUGGAGGAGGCUUGUAGGGUCUUCCAUAUGUUUUGUCUUCGUUUCCAAAGAGCUGUUCAGGAGAAUUCUGACCGAGAGCUGAAGGAGCAGAAGAGGUUUGAACGUCAACGUGAGAUUGCGGAAAAGCGACGCUCAAUAGCUGUUUGUACAGGACUAGACCUGGGCCUGGGCCUGAGCCUGGCAAGAGAUCCUCAGAAUUUGGAGAACCUGGAGAACCAAGAUGACCUUGAGAAACUACUGGAGCAGAACCUGAGGUCCACUAGGACUCGACGGAGCCUCAGAAGCAAAGGAGAUCGAAAUCUAAGUGGCGGUGCUCCAGCCCCAGGGGUCAUUGGCAGGAUGCAGACCAUAAAGUGUGUUGUGGUGGGAGAUGGGGCUGUAGGUAAAACCUGUCUACUGAUUUCUUAUACCACCAAUGCCUUCCCAGAAGAAUACAUUCCUACAGUAUUUGAUAACUACAGUGCUCAGAUGAGUGUGGAUGGCCGCAUGGUCAGCCUUAACCUGUGGGACACAGCAGGUCAAGAGGAGUAUGACCGUCUCCGCACCCUGUCUUAUCCACAGACCAAUGUCUUCAUCAUCUGCUACUCCAUCGGUAGUCCCUCAUCUCACGCUAACGUCAGGCACAAAUGGCACCCUGAGGUGUCCCACCACUGCCCCAACGUGCCUAUUCUUUUGGUGGGCACAAAAAGAGAUUUGAGGAGUGAUCAUGAAACCGUGAAGAAGUUGAAGGAGCAAGACACCCACAUGUUCAAUCACUGGCAGGACAGAUACCCCAGGCUCAGCCUGUGCUCACUGAAAAUCCCCCUGACCUUUGUGAACGCCACGGCUGUGAUAAAUGACACAUUUUAA